UUUAGGACGCCAUGGUCUGAUGGAACUGCAUCCAUCUCCCAGUGUGCAAUUAAACCUGGAGAAACCCUUGUCUACAGGUUCAAAGUAGAUAAGGUUUUGAGAUUAAGGCUUGAAUUUGGCUGUUGUUUAUGUAUGGAGUGCAGCAACUCUGGGCAAUCGAAGGCUGCAUUUGUCACAUUUAGAGAUCCAAAAGCGCUUGAAAUCGCAUUGGUGCUGCCUAGCUUUGGACCAAAUGAAAGUGGUAGCAUCGGUAGUUUGGUUCAGCCAUGUCUCUUCCCAAAGUUGUACAUGAAUCACUUUAGGCUGGAACAUAUUUCUACCAUGGACACUAUGGGAUGCAAAGGUCAGCAGGCUUGUAUGGAUCUCCGAUGGUGGAU